AGUUCAGACACAACUGGAAAGAUACUAAAUAUGGCACGCGUGCAUAGGAUUUGACCUCAAGCUUCUUGACUGGUCACAAUUUUCUGACCGUUGGUUGUCCCUUACACGUUUCGUCUUGGAAUAUUGGGUCAAAAUACAGCAAUUCCUAGUCAACCAAGCAAUUCGAGUGGGAAAAAGUACUAUUUCGGAUUUUAUUCUCCCUCCCUCCCUUCAUCCCACUCUCUCUCUCCACCUAUAAAAGGCCUAUCAUUCCAUUCUCUAUCCAUAUCCUCUCUCUCUCUCUCGCUCUCUCGCACUAUAAAACUCUUCUGCAUUUCUGAUCACCUAUUCCCAACAAUGGAGUUCAUGUAUCCAUGUUUACAUCUCUAGCCUUUUUGGAGAGGAGGUGAGAUUAAUUUUGGAACGUUUUCUUUAAUUUCAUGGAUACGAAGCCUGCAAGCUUGGUUAAAAAUGGAGGAAUCUUGAAAAUUCCAGUUGGGUUUCGAUUCCACCCAACUGAUGACGAGCUCCUUGUUCACUACUUGAAGCGUAAGGUCCACUCUCUUCCGUUGCCUGCCGCGGUUAUACCUGAACUUGAUGUUUUCCAGUAUAAUCCUUGGGACUUACCAGGUGAUUCAAAGGAGAAAAGGUAUUUCUUCUUCGGCAAAAGAAACAGUAACGUGAACAGAUGCAACCAGAUGAUCAGUGCCGGGUCGGGUCACUGGAAAGGUAUUGGCAAAGAAAAGCAGGUUAUGGCUUCCUCUGGGAGCAACCAAACAGCUAGUAUAAUUGGGGUGAGAAAAACACUGGUUUUCUUCAAAGGGAAGAAGCGUCCCCGUGGGUUCAGAUCAACUCACUGGAUCAUGCAUGAAUUUCAACUUAUGGGCUCUUCUGCUACAACCCUCAAUGCAUGCCAGCAGAAAUUGAUGACAGAAAUGGAAGGCUGGGCUGUGUGUUGCAUACACCGAAAGAAAGCGAAAUCCAAAAGGAGUAGUACUCGGGCCAAAAAUGGAAACACAACUAGGAAAGUGGGGAUCAAGAUUAGACCUAGUAGUGUAACAACAGACAUGGCAACAAAGGACAACAGUGAAUCAGGCCCUCCUGAUCAACCAUCUUCUCCAUCAUGUUCAAGUGAGAUCACUGAAUGAAAACUCUUCCAAAGGAUCAGAUCACGAGGAAGAAAUUAUUAACCAAUAAUAUUGCCUUCAUCACUAGUUUCUUCUUCACACCUUGUAUGGCAAAAAUUAUCAUUUUAGAAUCCUCUAGCUCAUAGGACUUGUACGAGUGUAUUUUAGUUGCUUGGCUACAAAUUAAUGAGAAGACGUAAUUCGAUUUUGAAUUUUCCGCCUCA